AACGGAAGUUGAGGAGAAGGAGGAAGAAGGCGGGUGAGGAGCGAGACGAGGUCCGCCAUCUUCGUGAGGUCAAACCAGCAGUUCAGGAUGCCAAGACAUUGCUCGGCAGGUGGCUGCAAAUCUCGGGACAACCGUGAGACUAGAAGUGCUGGCAUCACCUUCCACAAGUUACCUAAAGGAGCACCUCGGAGGAACCUGUGGAUCACUAACUCCCACCGCGCAGACUCCUGGGAUCCUCAGACGGACUUUGUCUACUUCUGUUCAAAGCACUUCACACCAGAGAGCUUUGAACUGACCGGAUGCAGUGGGAUCAGAAGAUUGAAGGAAGAUGCCUUUCCGACAGUGUUUGAUUUCCCGCCAGCAGCCAAAUGCAAAAGAACGAGAACUCUACAGAAACAAGACGUUCCUGUCAGGAAGAGUUCCUGGUCUGGUGAACAGGAGAGUGAUAAGCAGGAGACCAACCAUGUUCAGACUGCAGAAGAACCUGCAGCUCAGAUGUCGGUGGAAACAGAGGAAGAGACUCAUGAGAACAUAUUCACAUCUUCUCAGGAGUCAUCAGGGACGGAGCAGCCCUCACAGCCAGGACACAAGUCACCAGAAGUCCGUCCUCUUUCCCCAUCACGUUACAUGAGGCGUCUGCCCCCUCCUCCUGGAUUCUACCUGUCCAAGGAGCACAGCUACGCUCAGCUCUGCCCCCUGUUGUGGAGGCGACGCUACGACCAAGCCGUGGACUGCCUGGAAAAGGCCUUACGACAACUACACGCUGCAAGGCGGAGGGAGAACCGCUUACGGGGCGCCGUGCUGAGGCUCCGCGACAAACGGCUGAAGCACACCCUUCUGGUGUCACGAGGCGGCUGGAAGGACAGGGACAACUGGACAUCAGGCGACGAGAACACACAAUGCAAAGGACGCUGUGACCAGGAGGAGGGUGAGACCGACGCUACAUCUGAGACUACAGCAUUGUUUGUCGACAAGUGUGUGGAUCAGACGGAGUCGGGCUGUCAGCUUCUUCCAGAUACCAGCAGCUGGUCUAAGGGGGACACAGCGUACUGCUUCUACUGUGGACGAGGCCAGAUACAGAUCGCCAGCCAGGUAGCAUGUAGAGUUUCACAUCCGUUGAAAGAUGUGCAGUCCACAGAGCAUGAUGACUCCAUGAAGGUCCAGAGGAGUGUUAAGACCAGCACCUGUAGCACAGCUGAAAACACCAAAGACAUGCAGACCAUCAGGAACAGCGUAGAAACCAGUGAAGUCAUGUUCCAGGAUCCAGCUCCUCAGCAGGAUCCUGCUCAGGAGCAGAGUUUACAUGUUCUGGACUCUCAGAAGGACCAGGUGCUCUCUGACUUGUGUAAAGACGAGUCUGACGGGACGGGUCUGGAGCAUCAGCUGGACCUGCAGCAGCAGGUGUUCUGGAUACAGGACGGUGCUGAAGGACAGGUCAUCCUGGUGCCCGUCCCUACAGAGGAUGGAUCACAGAGCUUGUUAAAGAUGGCGGGGGUUGCUGAUAAAGCGCUGCUGGUGUCAGAACUGGGUCAGUCCAGAGUGGAAAUAACGUCUGACGAUGAACACAGUGACCAGUAUUCUGUUAUCAGCGGUACGUCAGUGGAAAUGAAAGAAGAUGUCAGGAAGAAACUGAAGGAGCACCUGGAGGGGUUUCACCUCCAGCUGAGCACAGAGUUCAGAAACUGAUGAGGAUGUUCUGAACAAACACAACAGAGAUAAGAGCUGAAUAAUGACUGAGUGGUGUAGUGGAGACCGAACACAGCUCCACGUUAGUCCAAAGACACACAUCUGAAACUGCUUCAGGUAAACUCUCACAGUUCAGUUUACUUUUACUGAAUCCCACCCGCGCUGUCCUGCUGCCCCAGAAGACCCAGUAGAUCACCACAUGUGGUUUGUCUGCUGCUGAAAAUAGUUCCCAAUGAAUGCACUGUUUGUUCAUUUACAAACUAGCGACCUGCUGUUUGAAUGAACUACUAAACCGUUUUUUAAAAUGUGUUUGUGAUGCGUUGGAAAAGAUUUAAGUUGGGGCCAGAGCAGGCAAGAAAGUCAGAAAGUACUGAACAACAGGUAAACACAUUGUUGAGUCUUUUCAUGGAGCUGACAUUUCAAAAAUAGAAUAAACCUUCAAUUUUUUAAAUAAUAUCACAGAUACAGUUAAUUAAACAGCAACACAGGUUAUUAAAGUCCCGUCUGCAUGCUGUCUAUUAUUUGCAGUGUUUAUGAAGUAAACAGAUCUGAUUCUGUAACGACAGACGAGGACAGUUUUUUGUUUGAUGUCCAGUAAACACUGAAUAAAGAGUUGAUUAUAUACGUU